UAUUACCAUAUAAUACCAACCGUCAAAGUACUUCUAGUAAGUGUAGUUCUAUUGCUACUCGGUCGUAUUACUCGUAUUCUUUGCUUCAACAAGUUUUCCCACCCUCCAUAAACCCUCGGUGUUAAACCCACUAUCUGUUCUUGCUUUUAGAUCCAGAUAAUUAAUAUGAGUCGACCAAUGGAGGAAGAUGCCCCGGGAAAGAAUGAGGAAGAAGAGUUUAAUACCGGUCCUCUCUCCGUUCUUAUGAUGAGUGUCAAGAAUAACACACAGGUCCUUAUCAAUUGCCGGAACAACAGAAAAUUGCUAGGACGUGUGAGAGCCUUUGAUCGUCACUGCAAUAUGGUGCUUGAAAAUGUCAGGGAAAUGUGGACUGAGGUACCAAAGACCGGGAAAGGGAAAAAGAAGGCGCAGCCUGUGAAUAAGGACAGGUUCAUCAGCAAAAUGUUCCUUCGAGGAGACUCUGUAAUCAUUGUCCUACGGAAUCCCAAAUAGGUUGCCUGUACUGAUGAUGCCUAUGCUGGAGGUUCUUACUAUGGUCUAUUUGUAUUGUGAAGCUGAGAUUGGUGUUACCGUAAUCUUGUUUUGGAUAGACGUAUGUGCUCACUAACUCCUGCUUGGUUCUGGUGGUUAUGCUGGUUCACAAUGUAGUUCGUGUUUCAAUCUCGCUGUUAUAGUGCAUUCAAGCAUCACUGACUUGCCAUUUUGUUCUUAGAUUAAUCACAAUGUUAUAUGCCAAGUUUAUUUUGGUUAUGCGAGAGAUGCUCUUUAUAUUUUUGUUAUAAUUAUUAUACUCUAUGUUGCUCCU